AAUUUUUGACUUAAAAGAACUUAGAGCAGAGGAAUAGAAAAUGCAGAGAAGUUCCUUCAUCGUACAAGUCAUUCCCUUGACCAAUCCCUCCUCCUUGCUUCCGUGAACAUGGUAAGACUUUAUGCAGAGGUAAUUUAUAUUUAAACCAGACUUCAUCAAUUUUUUAGAAAUAACCAAGAUGUUUGUUCUUUGCUUCUUUAAGCUUCUAACCUUAAUAGCCUUCCUCCAUGCCGUUGCUCCGAUAGCAUGUCUUAACUUCAAUUACCCACAAUUUGACCGAAAAGAUUAUAAAACCAUUCACAUAAGCCAAGAAACUUCUGCCAUAUCCGGAUCUGCCAUCCAAGUUACGUUGGACAACAGCCGCGAUUAUGCGCUCACAAAUUUAUCCGGACGAGCCUGGUAUGCAAAACCGUUCAAGCUGUGGAGAAGAGGCGGAGGCGUAGACCCGAUGAGGGCUUCCUUCAAUUCAACCUUUGUGAUUAAUAUUUCACCAUUUCAGGGUACGACUUCAGUUGGCGAGGGCUUGGCCUUCAUAUUGGGAGCAAAUAUCACUGUACCGGAGAACAGUGAUGGGAAGUGGCUCGGAAUUGUGAAUGAAAAAUCAAAUGGAUCCUCCCAAAUAGUAGCUAUAGAAUUUGACACAGUGAAGAGCUAUCCAGAGGAUCUUGAUGAUAACCAUAUUGGAUUGGAUGUAGGAAGUAUAUACUCCACCAAACAGUUUUCGCUUAGUGACUAUAACAUCCAGCUCAGUAACGGAACAGAUAUACGGGUAAAUGUCCUUUACGACGGUGAAAACAAAAACUUGAGUGUUUUUGUUGCAACAAAUGAAACAACGGAGUUCAUCACAAAAUUUUCAUUUUUUGAGUGUAUUGAUCUCUCCAGUUAUCUUCCAGAGGAUGUUUACGUGGGGUUCUCAGCUUCAACAGGUGAUAAAAUAGAAUUAAACUGUGUGAAAUCUUGGAGUUUCCAAAGUGAAGAUAUAGGUGGACGGAGCUUGUUGUGGGUUUGGAUCUCUGUUCCUGCCGUGGCUCUGCUCAUUCUAUUUUUUGUAGUCGCCCUUUUCCUGUACAGGAGAAGGAGAUCCAGGCAAGAAGACCCAGAAGGAGCAUAUCCGAACAUAAAAGAUCAUACUAGAAGCUCCGCACCAAGGAAAUAAAUAUUUAUAAAUAUUUAUCAAUAGU